CAUACGGCUCUGCCCACAAGGGCUACAUUUCAGUCCGCGCCAAUAACAAACGUCUCCACCUGAUGACCUAGGACGCCGCGUCACCAUGUUUUGAGUUUCAGCGCGUCCACAACUCUUCACUUUACAUAUAUCAAUGGUCCACAAGCCAAACCCAGGAAAAUAGUUCCCAUUUUCAGGUUUAACGAUGGAAACCAGAGCCAGUGUCAGCUCGAUGGUCAUGUAUGAGGACGAGUCUGUUGAUGUUCGCUACGGAAACGGAGCCCAGUUACAACUGUCUCCGUGUGGCUGUGAGUUCAUGCUGGUUAAACCCACGGAUCCCUCCGGACAUCCUCUGCAGUCCACCGAGAGGAUCCGACAAAGGACAAGAUUCACCAUCAGCACGUAUAAGGAGUUGAUGGUGGCUGCAUUGGCAUUUAGGAAUAAAUAUGCUACUCAACCAUAUCUGCCGGAGGAGCUCAUCCCCGUUGACCACAAGAAGCCUUUUUUCAGCAUUGACUCUGACGUGCAGUGGCCUGAGUGGUCUUCUUGCGAUGGUGAGCUGGGACCUGGAGGAGAGACUAUCAUCGGGUCGGAGGGAGGACGAGCUGUGUUGAUGCUGUCGCCCUCAGGUGAAGAAUUCUCCGUCGAGUUUACAUGCAGCCUCAGUCAGACUCAAAAUCAGCGCCGCAUGGUGCAGGGCUUCAGCAGAGACUAUGACAGCAGCUCAGGCAUUCGGCAGCAAGGAAGCAAUCUGAUCUGUCACACCACGGAUGGCGAGAACCAAGAGGUUCAUCAGGGAAGAGGAAGCACAAGGAAUGAGUCUAUUAGACCGAGGUCUUGUUCUCCUCGCAUCAUCAGCACUGCUCAGCCAAAGCCAGAGAAGAUGUAUCAAUCCACCACAGUGGUCCAGCAUCACUCCUGCUGCGCUGUUGCCCCCAUCUGGUGCUACCCUCUCUCCUUGGCCCGCCAUCUCUGGACGGCUCAUCUCUCUAAACCCGAAGAUGUCCGAGUAGAGGGAACCAGUGAUCUCGCAAAGGCACAGGGGAGAAUAACAAUGUCAGACGUAUCCAUCAAAGAGAGACGGUCUCACCUUCCUCAGGCGCUGCCUCUCACAUGUUCAUCACCUCACUGGCACAGGUGGAAGGUUAAAGAACCACUGGCCGAAAAAGAACAUUCAGACCAAGAUCUUCCAACAGAGUUGGUGAAAGUGAUGUGGUGUCAAGGAGUCACCUACAGGAUACUGAGUGGGGCGGUCUCAGUCAUUGAGGUUUGCCCGGGAGACGGAUCAGUCAUCCGCUCCAACGGUGUCCUUAACACUUAUUUUACCCAUUACAAACCUGAUCUCCUGUCACGGCAGGCGAAAGAGAUAACAUACCACCUGAACAACCUUCAACCGGACGUACCCGGACAGCUGUACUCUGUGAGCUCGGUUGUGAGUCGUGCAAGCAGGAUCCUCACUUGCUACGACGAGGCCAAGCAAUCACUGAAGCUCCCUGUCACUCCCAGCUGCUUGCAAGAUGUCAAAGAAGGGAGACAUAUUUCUACACCAGCAAGGAUUGAAGAAAAUCUGGUUGAGCGGCGUGUAAAUGUCACACAGACGGUAGAAAGUCGGUCAGAUCUUGUAGCUGCAGAACUGGAGAAGAUAAAACGAUUUAACUUUCUGCUGGACAACAACCACCUGCUAAGAAGUGAGAAAUGUUGUGCAAAACCGGAAGGUAGCUCUGCAGAAGAGGUGACUCAUGAACCAGUGAAUGAAAACUGCAUCGCUGAGGCUCUUCAGAAGACAUCCAAAGCCAUACAGGACAUUGAUGCUCUCAUAUCUGCAGCCACACUGACUUGAGAGAGUCCUGCCUAAGAGAAACGUUUUCAGAAUACAAAACCCCAACGUAUUAGUUUGAUACCUUUUUAAAAGCUGUAAACCUGUUUUACUGCUUUUUGUUGAGACCGAAAUAAAGAUUUUUCGAUAUC